AUGGCAGAUUCUCGCGUGAUGUCAUAUGUUGAACACAGGAACAAGAGCAUUGCGAUUGAAGGUGAAGGAACUAGCCCUCUACUAUUGGCUAUUGCGAGAGAUAUAAUUGCAAAUUGGUGUUGCUUAGUUGAGUUCACAGAAUCCAAGGGUGCUUGUGGCUCGGGCUCUGAAGUUACUUUUCAGAUAUUUGUUGCAGAUGUUUGGAACAUUAUUAAUCUGGUUUCCAGUGCCAUUGUCAAGACACUUAGUGCAGUUGGAUUAAACGAGUCAAAGAUGUGCUUAAAGAAUGGUGUGAAGAGGUAUUGCUCCACCAUUUGUUAUUGGCUGCUGAUGCUGCUUAUAGUUGCUGUUCAUGACGGAGGAUUAAAUCAUGGUUUCCAUUCAGGCCAUGAGUUUGGUGGUCGAAGUGGUUAG